UAAUCUAUUUCUGCCGGUAUCUUGGAUCAUUAGGAACCCAGAAGGCAGUGGUGGAAUGAUUUCUCUUCACAUUUGCUGGGAGCGAUUGUGUAGAGAGCUAGCUGUACUUCAGCUCGUUCUUUCCUGUAAAAAUCGGAGGCCCGGAGGCCCCACGUCAUGACCUGGACGUUCGAGUUCUCAAAGCUCAUCGCUCAUUGAUGCACAUCGACUCUCGAACUCCUUCCCAUCAAUAAUGUCGUAUCGUCCUCUUCAAUCACGCCCCCGUAUCGUCAAUCCCCAAUUCGGCAAUUGUCUUGGCAAGUUGUCUAGUGAUAGCAAAACUUCCGAGACCGAAUGUCCUCACAUCAACAACAACACGUAUCGAUCCACCACCAACGCUCACAUCCACCGAACACGACUGAGCAAAGUUCCAGCUCGGUCUUACCGCGAACACUUCUUCCACGUCACCCCAGUUUUAUGCAACCAGAGUCCUUGCAGUUAUUGAACACCGAUAGUACCAAAGUCGCCCCCGAACACCCCACAGCCACUUCCCAGCAUGGACUCCGUCAUCAUGACCAGCAGGCCUCUCUGCUCUCACACCCACAUGAAGAGCAACGAGACUCAUCAUGCGCGGGCUGCGAGGGCUGCGCGGGCGAUCGCGACACUACCGGUGCUGACGCCCCUGACGGCCGAUCUAGUGACGCAGAUGCAGCAGUCGCGCGAUUGAAUUCCAGGACCCCUAGCCCCAGGAACAAGAUCACCGAAUAUGAAAAUGCGUUGCUCCAAUCUAAUAGAAAAAGGGCGGACACGCCGGUGUUUGAGGUGAUCAAAACCGUUAGAAAGUCUGAUGAUAAGAGCUGCGCCAUCGCGAAACUUCCAAACGAGAUUUUGACCCAUGCGCUUUCUAACCUAUCUCCCAACGAUCUUGCCGCCGUGUCCCUGGUGUCCAAACGCUUUCAUGAACUUGUCACAACACCGCAUGCCUGGCGAGAAGCCUUCAUCCGUUACUUCCCUGGCCCGGCAUCGUUGAUGGACGAAUCGGCUCGCGAGGCUAUGCAGGAGAAGGGUGAAUACAUCCAUACGGAUAAACGAUACUUCACUAGACUCACGGCAUUGGCCACUUGGAGAAGCGAGUACAUUCUUCGCACCAGAUUACUUCGGUCUUUGGUCAGAGGAAAGCCUAUGCAGCUACCUUCAGCACACGCGGCACGCUCCGGCCAAAGUCAACCCAAUGCGCCGAUUGUUGAGUACAAUGCUCAGACCUUUUCCCUCAUCAAGCACAUACAUGCAACUUUUGGCUCGACUCUAAACAAACGGGUUCCUCGUUUGAUACAUGGUGCUGUUGAUGUCGGCCUUGCAACUACCAGUGAUGGCGCUGCUGGUAAAGUGGAUUCAUGGGGCUUGAGUGAUCCGAAUUUCUAUGCCCAAUUUACUGAGCGUUUUCCUGGUGAAGCGGAAUGGGGGUUAGGUUCUGGCGAGAUAAUUGGAUGCCCCAACGUCAUGGAUGUCUCUUCGCCAUACGGCAUGCUGUACGGCCAGGGUAGCCCUGAGGGGUCAUCUUAUUAUCGAGCUACCGAUGAACAACGGGGUAGAUUCGUUGGUGAGACCACUGACUUCGCGAUGCACGACGCUGGCAUUCCUCAGCUUGGAAUUGAUGGUGGCGCUAUUUGUUGCACUUGGGUCGCAAAAUCAAGCACCAUCCCUUCACUUUCCGAAGGCGUGAUCGGCCUUCUUACUGGAUCCGCUGCUGGUGUGGUGACUGCGUGCAGUCUCGGUACUGAUGGCUUACGUGGCAUUCGUUUACAACGCGGCGAACUGACCGCUCGCUGGGUCUUGAGUCCUGGUGUUCCUAUCAUCGCAAUCGUGGUAGAUGACAAUUACUCUCUCAAAAGGCAGGCUCAGAAUCGUAUCUGGGCUGUCGCGCUAAACGCUCUGGGCGAACUGUUCUAUCUGACGAAGUUUCCUAUCCGAAACCAGUCGCCCAAAGACGACAUUGAGCAGUACAGCGAGUAUUUAGCUUGGCUUACUGGACGAAGCGUGUACUGGAACCUCGUGGAGCCUAGUAGGCGCACUGCCCGGCCCGAUCCGUACAACGACGCCGAGGCCGACGGAAGUUAUUCGCCAAGAACAUCAUGGGAUGGGAUGUGCUUAAGCAAGGAACAGGUGCAAGCGGAGACAAAGGAAAUUCAACGGUUUUUGAAAAAGAGCCCGAAAGACAUUCGAAGAGUCUGUCUUGGCUGGGAUAUGCGAAGACGUCUCGAAGUAGACUUCGCCGGAGACGAUGGCAACUAUGCUGGCGAGGCGAUGCUUGUCUUUCAGUGUGGACUUGAGGAAGACGACCAAGCUAAGAUUUCCCGGUACACACGAUGGAAGAUGCGCGAGAGUGGCAAGAGCAAUGUCAUGGCCGCGGAGGCUGCCCCGGCAUCUACGCAAACAUCCUCUCUAUUCGGUGGUUCCGGGGUAGCUACCCCCGAUAUUCCCUACUAUAAGCUCACGCAGCGUGAGCGAAGCUCGUCCUACCUAUCUUCAACUGGCUCACCUGAACGAGAAACCUGGGUAGAAGAGUGGCGGUGCUCAAAUCUGACCUUUGGAGGGCUCAAGUUCGUUCAGAUCACAACGACAGCUAUCGAUCAAUCCACCUUUGCCACCUUGACUAUGUCUGAAGACCCUGCCCUUGGCUUCUCCGUUUCUUCCACUACGACUUCGCCCUAUUCAUCGCCAAUGUCUAUAGCUAGCCAGCCGUCAUCCCCUUCGGACAUUCCUGGUCGCCGUGGCCGAUUCGUAGCCGCUGGAACCAGUGAUGGCAUGGUGCUAUUGUGGGAUAUGCGCGCUCCGGUGGCGCGUAGCUCCGAUUUCAUGAACGACAUUGGACCUGUACGGAUCAUCCGAACGGAGUCUCCUGAAAUAUCAUGCAUAGCCGUCACCGCUCUGCAUUUGGUGGUAGGUGGAAACGAUGGCCUAGUGCAGGCUUGGGAUCCUCUGGCCUCAGAGUGGAAACCCAUUAAGACGCUCAACUCACGUUUCUCAAGCCGAGCCCGUAGGCGACUUGCGCAAGCUUCACAAUCGGUAGUCGGAGUCGGCAUCAACAUGUUCGCAGCAGGUGCCAUUAUUCUCGACCCUGAUCCAACUGUGCUCCGUGGUGCGGUUUCUCUUGGAAAUCAGAUUCGUUAUUGGGCUUACAGUUCGUCUGCUGCUGACCAGUAUAAAAGCACCAAGCGUCGUCUUCGGCGUGCAGAGCGAGGAAGUAACAACGCCAAUGACAGAUUUGCUGGCACCGCCCGUGUUAACCUCAAGGAUUACAUCGCGAACGAAAAAGAGGAGCUCGAGCGUGAUAAGCAAGAACGACAGCGCCAAGCCGACCGCAUGGCUGGUCGCUUUGGGAUUGAUCUUUUGGGCAACGAAGAGGAAGCCUUGGCGUAUGCUACCAUGCUCUCGCAGGAGGCUCAGCAAGCCGACGAGGCACGGCGUCAAGAACGUGACAGCGUUGGUGUCGCUUCUAAGGCAGUUGUCCCAGAAUCAUCACUGGCCUCUGUGGUAACAAACGAGGAGGAGGUUGACGCUGACAUCGCCGAGGCGAUUCGGCUCUCGCUACAAGCGAGUCCUGCACCCGGCUUCGAGACCCCAGGUACUAGUUCUGGCUGGGAUGUUCCUGUCAAAUUUGCAAAAGGCAAAAAAUCCUCUUUGCCACCCUCGCGCUCCAGAGGAACGCCUUUGGAGGGACAGGCAGCAAGUGGAGCGAGGAAACAAAGCGAGAUGGAUGAUCUGGAAUACGCAUUGCAGCUAAGUCUUGCUGAGGAGCAGAGUAGAAUGGAAACAACGCAGGAUGGGGAUUUUCCACCCCUGAGUCCUAAGCCGGGUGGUAAAGGAAAAGGAAGGAUGAUUUGA